UACGUCGGUCAGUCAGUUCAGUGAUGUUGUGUGGAGUAGCAGCAGUCUGUAACUUUAAAGGGACAGUGAAGGGGAAGUCGUGGAAGUAAAGCUUGUCAGACAGCAGUGAUUGACACUUGUAACUUGUGUCCACUGUUUUAUCAAUGCCAAUACCUCUGUAAUAGUCUUUCUAAUGCGGACGGAUGAUUUUAAUGCGCUGAUGUGAGAGCUGUGCAUCAUGCUAACGAUGCUAAUGUAGCACCAGUUGAUCCGAUGCGCUCUUGUCUGACUUUUUCGGAAUUAAACCGCGAUUUAUUCUCCAAGAGGACUUUGGUUUUCACCACAGACUUCAUUUUAUGAAACCUAAGUAUGGAGCCGUUUGAAAGCGAGAGAGCUCCAGUGCCCAGGAACAUGAUCGAGAACAGCAUGUUUGAGGAAGAGCCAGAUGUGGUGGAUUUGGCGAAGGAGUCGCCAACCAAUCCCAUCGACUCCGACGACGCGGUCUACGAACCCCGCAACUCGCGCCUAUUGGUCCGAGGCCUGGGAGAAAAUGACCUGGACGAAGACGAGGAGGACUACGAGUCUUCUGCUCGGCUGCUUGGCAUGUCCUUCAUGAACCGCAGUUCCAACCAGCGUAGCACAUCCUCGCCCUACACCCGCCAGCAGCCCUCCGGAUUGUGCUCGAUGCCCUCCGCUAAGACUUUAGUGGUGGGCGUUCUCAUUUUGGUGCUGGUGGCUUCCAUAGCCAUGGUCAUCUACUUCCUGCCAGGCUGCACUUUCACCAGAAAUGGCUGUAAGAAAGACAACUCCACCAUGGACAACAUCUAUCCCAAUUCCACAAGUGGAGAGCCUUUCCCGUGGACGGACUUGAGAUUACCGGGUGGCGUACACCCCGUGCAUUACGAUAUUUCGCUCCAUCCCAACCUGACCAGCAUGAACUUUCGAGGCAACAUUUCCAUCACGGUGCAGGUCACGGAGGUGACUAAUAAGAUGGUCCUGCACAGUUCGUAUAUGAAUAUAGUCAAGGCCACGUUUCAAGGUAAAGAGGUCAAGAUCCUGGAGUACAAACCCUGGCAGCAGAUCGCCAUUAAAUUUCCAGAAGAUCUUCAGAAGGGAAUGUACUUUCUGAAUAUUAUCUACACAGCAAAUCUCUCCACCAGCUAUGACGGCUUCUACAACAGUUCAUAUGUAGACACAACUGGUGCAAAAAGAGUUUUGGCUACGACUCAGUUUGAACCCCUGGCAGCCCGCAAGGCUUUCCCUUGUUUUGAUGAGCCAGCUUUUAAAUCCACUUUUCUUAUUAAGAUGAUAAGAGAACCCAAAUACAUCAGUCUUUCAAACAUGCCUAAGGCCAAAACCACUGAUUUAAAGAAUGGUCUUCUAGAAGAUGAAUUUGAGAAGAGUGUUAUUAUGAGCACUUACCUGGUCGCAUUUGUAGUGGCUGAAUUCAACAGCGUCAGCAAGAACGUCUCCAAAACUACAGUCUCUGUGUAUGCAGUGCCUGACAAGAAGGACCAAAUUCAUUACGCUCUGGACACGGCUGGCAAAUUGUUGGAGUUCUACAAUACGUUCUUUGACAUUGACUACCCGUUACUCAAGCUGGAUUUAGUGGCCAUUCCUGAUUUCCUCGCUGGAGCCAUGGAGAACUGGGGACUAAUCACAUUCCGUGAGAACAUGCUGCUCGUAGGGAAUGAUUCCUCCCCUAUAGACAAGCAACUGGUGACAUCCGUCAUUGCUCAUGAACUUGCCCACCAGUGGUUUGGGAAUCUGGUGACGAUGAAAUGGUGGAACGAUCUUUGGCUAAAUGAGGGAUUUGCAACAUACAUGCAGUAUACGUCGAUUGAAACCGUUUUCCCGGAUCUGGACAUGGACACUGAAUUCUUAAGCAUUCGUUUCAAAGCCCUGGCCAAUGACGCGCUGAACUCAUCCCAUCCGGUGUCCUCUAUAGUGAAAACACCAGAGCAGGUUGAGGAGAUGUUCGACUCGGUCUCUUAUGAGAAGGGGGCGUCAAUUCUGCUCAUGCUCAAUUCAACGCUGACAGAGGAGGAGUUUCGAAAGGGAGUGAUCGAAUAUUUGCAAGCGCAUGAAUUCCAGAACACAAAAAGUGAAGACUUAUGGAACAGUCUUACCAAUGUGAGUAAACAGCCGUUCAGCGUGGCCCAGAUGAUGAACACGUGGACCAUUCAGAAGGGCUUUCCUCUGGUCACGGUGACGAGGAACGGAACUCAAGUCACACUGACCCAGGAACACUUCCUUCUGAAUGCUAAAAAUGCCCCCACCCAUGACAGCAGCUUGUGGCACAUUCCCUUGACGUAUGUGAACGACAGCUGUAGCGCUUUGAGUUCCUGCAAGCAAGUUUUUCAUCUCAAGGACAAAACAGCUACAUUGAAACUUCCAGAUCAGGUGAAAUGGUUAAAGUUCAACUACAGGAGCGAUGGCUUCUACAUAGUGCACUAUGACAAUGAGGGCUGGGAGGCGUUAAUCGAGGCGUUGAGAAACGACGUCAAGGUCCUCACCCAUAAAGACCGAGCAUCUCUCAUCAAUAACGUCUUUGCUCUCUCAAGGUUGGGGAAGGUGCCCUUUAGACAGGUCUUUAAUCUGAUGGAGUACAUCAAAAAUGAGACCGAAACCGCUCCACUAACUGAAGCUCUCAUCCAGCUCGGUCAGAUCUUCAGAUUGCUGGACAAAAGAUCAGAGCUCCACUUAGUCUCCAGAAUGAAGAGUUACAUUUUGGUCUAUUUCGGAACUCUGAUGGGGAAUCAGUCAUGGCAACUGGAAAGCUCUGUGUCAAAGAUGACCCUUAGGUCCGCCCUACUUGAGAUGGCAUGUUCCCUCGACAUUGCCAACUGCACACAACAAGCCAAACAUCUCUAUGAUCUGUGGACGGCUCCUAACUCAACUUAUCAGAUUCCCAGUGAUCUCAUGAGAACGGUCUUUAAAGUUGCUGCCCAAACUGAAGAAGGAUGGGGUGUGAUAUUAGAAACAUAUAAAUACUCCAUCUCUGACCCAGAGAAGCAUAAGGCUCUUGAAGCGUUGGCCAGUACGCAGGACGUGCGGAAAAUUCUCUGGAUUCUACACAAAAGUCUUGAUGGAAGCGUGAUUCCGACUCCCGAAUUUCCUUUGGUGGUGAAUGCAAUUUGCAAGAACUUCGCUGGCUACCUGUACGCUUGGGAUUUUGUAAAAGAAAACUGGGAUAAGAUCACUCAAAAGUUCCCUGUUGGAUCCUUUGCCAUUCAAAGCCUCAUCACGUCCACAACUAGUCAAUUCUCCACAAAAACCCAUCUCAUGGAGGCCCAAAACUUCUUCAGCUCUCUGGGGGACAAAGGAUCUCAGAUGAGGAUCGUGCAGGAGGCCAUAGAGACUAUCAAGUUGAACAAGAGGUGGAUAGAGACGAAUCUGGAGACACUCCAGGAGUGGCUGUAGUGUGAGGAGUCUCUCCUCGCUUGUGCCUCUCACUCCCUCAGGUGAUGUCAUCUCGCACCGCAGGUGUAAGUGAUGUUACCGUGACAACAGCCAGAGCCAUUUCUGUCAUGUGAAGGAUGGUACAGAUAUGUUUUAGGGCAUCAUGUAGGGAAUUUUUAAUUGUAUGUAAAUAAACAGGUUUGUGUAACAGGUAUAAAGAUGGUCUUUAGGUAGAGGCACCAUAUGAUUUUCAGUGUCAUAACUUGAACAUAAACUGCUUGGCACAUGAUCUUCUCUCACAUCACAUUGACUCUGUAUGUGUGUGUAUGAACAGGUUUAUGGCUCUGGUCUCAUGCACUAUUUGCACUAUUCAAAGUUACAGCUUGCUCAGGGUGAAUCUGGUUGUUUUUGAAAUGUUAUGAUGCAUUUGAACCCUUAAUGUUGGUGGCUACAGACCAAAACCUGUCAUCGGUAUCUCUUAUAUAUGUCCUUUUGCUCGCAUUGCCAAAAAUGAUAGUUGCCUAAUGAAGGUUGAAUAAAAUGCUUAAUUCUGCAACAACAACAAAAAACGCAGCAACAGAAACCCCUACUGGGUAUAAAAUCUGGCAUCCAUGAAUAUGUUAGCAAAAUGUGCAGACAAUCGAUUGUCAGUAGAGAUGUAACGAUUCACUCAACUCACGAUGCGAUGCGAUUCACGAUUCGAAUCUCACGAUGCGAUUUAUUCACGAUUUACUCACGAUUUAUUUUUACAAAAUGAGUUGAAACAAAUUAGAAAUGAACAACUUCCCUUGCAUUAUUUCUUAAAUGCUUCAUGUUUCUUUGUAUAAUAAAAUUAUGUUUUAUUUCAAAUAACAAAACUAAACUGCAGUUUUAUAACAAAUUAAUAAUAGAAAAGGUCUCUUUAAUAUAAACAAACUAAUACUGUCUGUGCUUUUCUUGGACUUUUUUGCAUUUAAGAAAUAUUAGCAUGUCCACGUUUAGGUUUGCAGUGAACAUGGCGGCCCCUGCUGUUCAAAAAAUGUAUUGCGAUUCAGUUCACACCUCAACCGAUUUGAAUCGUUACACAUUAUAACCGAUUUUCAACCGGCUCACGGUGAAUCGUUACAUCCCUAAUUGUCAGUGUAUUUGUCUUUUUAUUUAUGCGUUUGAAUGAGUUUUAUUGUUUGCAUAGUCUGUGUGAUGUUUUUGCCUUAGGAGUUUUCCUUAAAACUUUCGUCCUUUGCACAAAAUGUAUUUUGGAGAGUCUAUUUUCGAGGUGAGUGUGUAUAUUAUGUAUUAAAGUUCACGCAGGCUUUUUUAUGAACUUUUAAGUUGGCGUUUAAAAUCGUGUGGAUUUAUUUUGUUUUUUGCAAUGCACAUUCUGAAAUGAUUUCACAGUUAUAUUGUUAUAUAGGAGGCGACAACGUGUGUGAGCAGAUUUAUAGUGUGUGGUUUUAGGAUUUGACCGGUAUAAAUCUAUAUUUGUUACCAAGUUUAAAGAAUGUGUAAAGCUUUAGUGAAUGGUACCACCGGAAGGCAAACGGACUGUAAAGUCACAUCACUCCUCAGUUUUUAUUCUUUAGAUCUCCAGCCGUUGCUGCUGACUGUUUUUCUUCAGUAAAUGGUGGGUUUUUGUGUGUGGAUGGCGUUUUACAAAUCCACAGAUGUGUUCUUAUUGUCUAGAAAUUGAAUUCGGAGUCAAAACAGUAUCAAAACCUCCCACAAAUGUACAGAACGGCCCCAAUUCACAAAUACACCCAAGUGUAGUUUAGUUACAUUUCUGUAAUUUAAUACACAAAACUACUGAACUUUUUCGUUAGUUUUCUGUCUGGAAGAUCUUCAAGAUCUGGAGUUUUUAGGGUUAGAGUCGGCCUUGUUGGAUUUCUUGCGCUAUCAUGUUAUGAGUUUGUAUAUUUAGGAGUUUGUAGGAGGUUUUAUUUAGUUUUAACUCCAAACGUUGAUGGUUUGAAAUCUGUGGUCACUAGAUAUCACAAAUGAUGAUAAUUAUGCUUUCGGGUUUUUUAUUUCUUAAUCUGACCUCAUAAAAUGUCACGUAUGACUGGUACAUUGUAGUACAACGGGUACAUUGUAAUUAUUUUGUAGUUAACAAUUGCCAUUUGUUCUUUAACCAUGAGCUUUAUGUAUAAAUGUUUUUAAGACAACAGCAACAUUGCUUACACUCUAAAUAUGGCGUUUAUUGUAGAUAUCGAAGUUGGAACGUUACAGUGUAUCAAUGAAAGUAUUCAUGUUUGUUACUAUAGGUUUGGUCAAACUUGAGCAGUAUGAUUGUAAUUCCCUUCUAUCUGAAUUGAUCUAUAUUAACAAUAUGGAUAAAUUGAUAAGUGUUGAAAGUACGGUAUAUUCUUCCAUUUGACACCAUUAUUGUUAUUUUCUUAGCAGUCGCAUUUUUGGAGCUACUCAUUUUUGUAGUUUUCAUCUGCAGGUGCAAAAUAUGAUUAUUCACUGAAUGACUAUUUUCUUCCCCUGAAAUGAUCUCUUGUUUCGGAGAUCUCUUGAGUUGGACAGUUAUAAAUAAAUAAAUAUAAAUAUGCUUAUAUUUUCAAAUUUGCUUUGUUUAAUUGCUUAAUAGGUUUGUAGUGGAUUAUGGAAAAAAGGAUUGUUUGGUGGUGGAAACUGUUUAUUUUAUUUUGUUAAAUAGAUUUACACUAGAUAAAAACAUUUUUAAGACAUUGCUUAAUGGAUAACCAGUGGCCCAUCUUUACACAACACAAAAAAAUAAAAACGUUUGUGAACAA